UAUCACGCCAUAUGCAGGUCAAUAAACACGUAAACACAGGUAAAACAAAGUUUAAGAUACUUUCGGGCAAUGAUGUCAUGUAAAACCGAAUCAGAUGUUGAAGCAGUUCGAAGAGAGGAUUCCAAAAUAAUGAAAUACAACUGCCGUGUAUGUAAAGCUAGUUUUCCAUCCAGUGAACUCUUUGAAAUGCAUCAACAGUAUCAUGCUGGAGAGCGGAAAUUUAAAUGUCCGGUUUGCAAUUUAGCAUUUAAAAGAAAAGAACACCUUAGUCAACAUAUGGCAAUACAUAUAGGUAUAAGACCAUAUAAAUGUGGCGAAUGUGACUUUGCCUUUAAGCAUAAGUUUGAGCUGAACAGACACAUGGAGACGCAUGAAAAUGUUGGAGAAGUAUGUCCUGUUUGUAACAAAAUUGUAAUGCGUCUUAAAAAACAUAUGUUAAUUCAUAAAGAAAAGGAACACACAUGUGAUGUUUGUGGUAAAGCGUGGGCCAGGCGUUCGGAUUUAACGGAACAUAGAAAAACGCAUACAGGGGAAAAGAAAGGCACAUGCAAUAUAUGCAAGAAGACAUUCAAACAAGACUACUUAAAAAUACACAUAGAAAAGCAUAUGGUAAAUGGUGAAAAGAAAUAUAAAUGUGAUGUAUGCGACAAAUCGUUCAUGCAUGAAUUGUAUUUAAAACAUCACAUGCGCGUCCAUACAGGUGAUGCUUUAAAACCUUGUCCUAUUUGCGGUAAGGGCAUCUCCAGCCGAAGCUUCAGACCUCACAUGAAGAUACACACAGGACAGCGGGAUUAUGUGUGUGAAAUUUGUCAGAAAGCCUUUCACAAUAAAUCGAAUUUGAAUCAGCAUUUGUUAGUUCAUACUGGAGAAAAGAAGUUUACUUGCGACGUAUGCAAUAAAAAAUUUGGAACUAAAGGAAAUUUGAAUAUUCAUAAAUCUAUACACGAGAAUGGUAAUUACCCAUGUCCUUUAUGUGGAAAAGUAUUUGGGGUAUUUAAAAAUAUGAAACGUCACAUUACGUUUCAUCGUGCCAAAGAGAAUGUCUGCUCCAUAUGCCACGUGACAUUUCGUUUCCGGAAGCACAUGGAACAGCACAUGAAAACACACACGGAUGAGUUCCGAUGUGGAAUAUGUAACAAAGGAUUAAAAUCACGCCUUCAUCUAGAUCAACAUAUUCUGGAGCAUAAUAGACAGGACAAAAACAUGCAGUUUGUAUGCAAAAUUUGCGGAAUUACUUUCGUCAAUUGGCCGAGUUUGCAAUACCACAGAAAAAGGCAUUUGUCUGCGGAGAGUAAUAUAUGCAAGACAUGUAACAUGAAUUUUUCGACUAAAAUACUUUUAAAGGAACAUAAAAAACUGCAUUCCCGUGGACGAAAGUAUGUCUGUCCUCUAUGCGAAAGAAGAUUUGAAAUCAAGAGGUUGUUACGUAAUCAUUAUGCUGCACACAUGGAGAAAGGGGAGUACAGAUGUGAUAUUUGCAACAGUUCCUUUAAUUGCGAAGAAUAUGUUCAUAAACAUGUAGCAAUUCAUUUCAGUGGCAUUUGUCUGCCACUGUAGUUAUUCUUUUGAUACUCCGUACCAUUUAAAUACGUAUCAGUCAGUUUGAAAACUGCACAGAAACAACUAACCAGAAAUACUAAUACAUAGUACAUGUAGAAUGUUACACUGCGCAUGUCCAGUUUUCAAACAUAUAUCGCCGUGAAAGGUUUUUCUAGACUGUGGGAGAGUCUCCUAAACAUGUGAUUGGUCUCCUGGUGUAUUGAUUACCUAGUUUGAGCAUGUGGUAGUACAUCUCAUCCAAGGUGCUGAUUGCUCUUGUGAGUAUGAUACCGGUCCUGGAUUCAAGUUCUAAGUUUAAAUCUGGAGGGAAAACGUUCUCAGCAAGUUUUUCACAGCGGUAACCUAUCAUUGCGAUCAUCUGAUGUACCGUUAGGGGGAGUGAUCGCCCCAGGGAGUUUGCCACAGAUUAUUUAGCAUUGAUUCUGCACUAAACAUAAAGAAAUUUUAAAAUAUUUGAAAGCUUGAAAAUUAACUUUGCACAAAUUAACUCUGGAGAACAUUAUUUUGAGGUUUAAUGCUUGUAUUACACUGGAUAAAUCCUAGAUUUCCUUAGACUUUGUAGAUAAUGUCGGUAUAUAGGUUGAAAGCAAAACGCUUUGAAUUCAUGUUUUGUUUAAAAUAGAUACGUUUUACUUAUUUUUAGUUUGACUAUAUAUUUGGAGAGCUGUCCUACUCUACCUGGCGUCGGCGUCCAUCCGCGGCCGCACUUUGAUUAAAGUUUUGAUGCAUUAUCUCUUUAUUUGUUAUUAAUUGAUGGAUUUGCUUCAAAUAAAAAAAAAUGUUGUUCCUCAUUAUCACCCACAUCAUAUGGCACAAGGGUCAUAACUCUUUCACCAAUAUUUCACGAAUUAUUUCCCUUUUAUUUUGCAACUUCAUGUUAAUGUUUUGGUGCACUUUCACUUUAUCUCAUUUCUCAGUUACUACUAAAUUAUUAAUAGAUUUGAUUCAAACUUAAAAUAGUUUUUCCACAUCAUCCCCCACAUUAUAAGACAUAAGGUUUAUAACUCUGGUGCCAAGUUUUAAUGAAUUAAGCCGCCUUUUAACUUAUAUUUUUCUAUUAAUGUUGAUGCAUUUUCACUAUAUCUCACAAGGGAUUUGAUUCAAACUUAAAAUAAUUGCUCAUCACCACCGGCUUCAUCAUUUGAGACAAGCGCCAUAACUGUGACACCUGUAUUUUAUGAGUUAUCCCCCUUUUGAACUUGAAAUUUCAGUUUAAAGUUUUUAUGCACUUUCACUUCAUCUCUGAUAAUACCGGAUGGAUUUGAUUCAAACUAAGAAUAGUUUUACUACAUCAACAUCCACGUCAUAUGAUACAAGGUCCAUAACUCUUUCACCAAUAUUUCAUGAACUAUGCCCCCUUUUUACUUGGAAUUUCAGGUUAAUUGGGGUACGCCUUCACUAUAUCUUUGUUAUUACUUAAUGAGUUUGAUUAAAACUUAAAUUAGUUUUUCAAUAUCAUCAUCCUCGUCAUAUGGCAUAAAAACAAUCACUCUGGUACACAUGUUUUACGAGUUAUAUCCCCUUGCUACUUAAAAUUAGUUUAAUUUUGAUGCCUUUUAUAUCUGCUGUUACUAAAUGGAUUUAAUCAAACUUAAAAUGGUUAUUCCACAUCAUCACUCACAUCAUACAACACAAGUUUGAUAAUGCUGGCACCAGUACUUUAGGAGUUAUGCCCUCUUUUUACUAGUAGUAUUUCCGGUUCAAGUUGCGAUGCACUUUUGCUGUAUCUCCAGUUUUCUUAAAUGAAUUUGAUUAAAACUUAAAAUAGCUGUUCCGAAUUAUUAGCCACAUGAUAUGCACAUGAUUCAUUACUGUUGCAGAAGUUUUCCACAAAUUAUGUUCCUUUUAUACUGAUCUAUUUUCAUUGAGACUUAAGCUAUUGCCCAAUAUCGGCAACCACAUUUGAGUCAUUUAACACUCCAGUGACAGCUCAAGCUUCCUCAGAUGUACCCAGUUUCACUAUCCAGCAUCGAAAUAGCCCAGCACUGUCCCCUGUGACAGCUCUUGUUUGUUUGAGCCUCGCCAUUAGAAAACCAACACAGUGCGUUUGCGACUAGCAUGGAUCCAGACCAACCUUCGUAUCCGUCAGGAUCCAUGCUGAUGCGAACGGUUUCUCUAAUUGCAAUAGGCUUUGAAACCGAACAGUAUAGAUCCUGACCAGUGGUGCGGCUCAUUCUUUGUUUAAUAGCAUAAUAUAUGUAGAGUAUAUACGGUAUAUCACUUGGUUAUUUACUGGCGGGAAUCUUUUUUCUAGUAAUUGGUAUGCAUGCUUAAAGCUGAUGUUAGUUGUAUAUUUGUCAUCUGUGAAUAUGGUUUUGAAUUAAAAAUAUUAACCCACAAAGACAAGUGUUAUUUAUAUAAUACUACAAUAAAUAAUGAGCAUGUGAUUUACAUUCUAACAACUACUUUGUAUUACGCAGUUGUAAAAUUGUUGAACAUAUAUACAUUUUCGAAGUAAUAUGUUCAGCUUCUGUCAGAAUACUAAAUAAUGUUUACUGUAAAAUCAUUUAAUUUCGUGGGCAUGAAAUUUCGUGGUUUUGGUCAAAACGGCAAUUUCGUGGGGAUAUGAAUUCGCGGAUUUCAACUUUUGAACAUAAAAUGAAUAUGAAUUUUACUUGUUCGUUGGGAUUAAAUUUCGUGGAUUGACUCAACCACGAAAUCCACGAAAAUUAGUCCCCCACGAAUAUUAAUGAUUUCACAGUAU